AUGCGAUUUCCGAUUUCGGGGUUGCUCUUUGUGGUGAUGUCGGCUAUCGUGGCCCGGGCAUCCCCGGUUCAAACUGCUAUGCCACAGCCUGGAGUAGUCCCGCGAGGGGUCACCACCACUACGGCGACAACCUCGCAGACCACCACUACAGCGACCACUACGACAAGCGAUGAUUUCGAAAUUUCGUUGAGCCUCGACUUGCCCUCCGACACAUGUACCCCUACUAUAAAGCCCGAUAAGUAUGGCUGGGUCCCGGCCACGGAGUGCGAUGCCUUGUACCUCUACUACCCGUCUUUUUCGGCCGCCAUUGCUGCCGCCGCGAUUUUUGGGAUCCUCUUCAUGGCCCACUUUGUCCAGGCCACUAUGUACAAGGCGGGUUUUGCCUGGGUCAUUCUCAUGGGGGUCUCGUGGGAGACCGUAGCUUACGCGGUCCGCGCCUUCAGCACUCAUAAUCAGCAAAAUGACACUGUUGUGACUGUUGCUCAACUAUUUAUCCUUUUGGCUCCAUUAUGGGUCAACGCAUUCGACUACAUGGUUCUGGCACGGAUGAUCCAUUUCUUCCUUCCCGCGCGUCGCAUCGGCAUGUUCAAACCCUCCUUACUAGCCAAGUCAUUUGUCUUGCUCGACUUUGGCUCGUUCGUUGUUCAAAUGAUCGGUGGCUUAAUGGCCACUGGCACGAACCAGCAGCAAAUGAACGGCAUCCACAUCUACAUGGCUGGCAUCGGCGUCCAGCAAUUAUUCAUCGUGUGCUUUUUGGUGCUGGCCGUGCAGUUCCAACGAUCAAUGGCGCAGUUAGAGCGGGCCGGCCAACUACCUUUCGAGAAGCAGAACUGGCGUCGACUGCUCUAUGCCCUGUAUCUGAGCCUAAUCGCUAUCACAGUGCGCAUCAUAUACCGCAUGAUUGAAUUUUCCGCCGGGUAUGGGGAGUCAAAUCCCAUCCCAUACCAUGAGUGGUAUAUGUAUGUCUUUGAUGGUAUUCCUAUGGCCUUGGCUAUCCUCAUCUGGAACUUGGCGCCGCCGGGUGCCGUGUUGCAGGGUCCAGAUGCGAAUAUUCCCUCCAGUGGCAUUGGCAGGUGGCUCUGCUGCUACGGCUGUGCCUGUUGCUGUCGAAGCUGCCGGAAAGGAGCCAAAGAAAAGAAGAAUAUGCGACGACUAUCCGAUCGUGACAUAUAUGGCGACAAUGUGCCACUACACAGUCGAGAGCCAUCACCUUACCGCGAUUCAAAUUUCAACACCCGUCGCUGA